GGAGAUUUCCUGGCUGUUACAGAUAGAAGAAGAACGAAGGGGUCAAGACAUAUUUCGUGAAUAAUAAUAAAAACCAGAGAAAAAAUGUUCAAGAGAAGUGAGAAAAAAAUCAAAGCUGUCUUCAAGAUGGACUUUUCAGCAUCACAGGUGCCACAGUUGAAGGCAAAGAGCCUUAUGAUUUCUCUGGUUCCGGUAGAUGUAGGAAAGCCAACGGUCAGGUUAGCAAAAGCGCCAAUCAUAGAAGGAGCUUGCAUAUGGGAAAGCCCUGUAUACGAGACUGUAAAAUUAGUCAUGGAGACGAAAACGGGACGUAUCAGAGAGAAAUUUUACUAUGUGAUCGUGUCAACUGGUUCAUCAAAAUCAGGAUUUCUGGGAGAAGUCUCCAUUGAUUUUGCAGAUCUAGCUCAUGCUGCCAAACCGGUGAAUUUAACCCUGCCACUUCAGACUUCAAAAUCAGGAGCAAUAUUACAUGUCACAGUGCAGAAGAUGCAAGGAGGUGUUGAUUCAAGAUAUGAUGAAGAUAGUGAAGUCCCUGGGGAUGAGUCAUAUGAUCAAAAUGUGGAUGCAGAUAGCUAUGGAAAGAGUGAUCCAUUAUCUCUUGAAAGUGAUGAAUCGAGUCAAGUAUCUUCACGAGAUGAACAAAAUGGAAGCUUGGAGAAAGAUAAGGUGAAAAUGCUGGAAAGAAAUAUAGAGCUUACCGAAUUAGAAGUGCAGUCACUGCGAAAGCAAAUUCUCAAAGAGACCAAGAAAGGGCAGCAAUUAACUGAACAAAUUGCAUGUAUAAAAGAGGAGCGGGAUGCACUUCAAGCAGAAUGUGAACAGCUCAAGUCUUUGUGCCGCCAGAAUGAUGAAACAGUUUCAAGUCAUGCACUGCACGAAACAGAAAAUUCGAGAAGCUCACUUGAAAAAUUAAAGCAAGACCUCCAACGGGAGAAGCAAUUGAAUAAGAAACUGAAAUUCCAACUACAGAAGAGCGAAGAUUCAAAUUCUGAAUAUGUUCUUGCAAUGAGAGAUCUUACCAAGAAACUGGAACAGAAAAAUGCAGAUAUAGCUCAGCGUUCCAGAAAGAGUAAUGAUUUACACAGCGGGACAGAGGCCCUUGCGAAAUCAUCCAUGACUAAAGCACCACAAGACCUGUCAAGUAGUAACAGAAAUGCUGAUGAAAUAGAAGCACUGAAGCAGAAAAUCGAAGACCUCAAUUCUGAGAUAGAAGUCUACAAAAAGGAAAAGACAAAGAUGCAAUUGGAAGUAGAGAGGUAUUUGCAAGAUAUGGAGAGCUUAGACACAGAAAAUGAGAACAUCUAUUCCAAAUUAGAGCAAGCUGAAAAAGAACAUUUGGAAGUAAAGAGCAAAUAUGAAGAGUUAUUGGCUGAAGCAAAGCAGUCAAAACUCCAGAUAGCAAGCUUGGAAGCAGAAAACAAAAGACAGGCACGUCAACAUUCUGAAUCCUUGAAUAUGAUAGAUGAGCUAGAAUCUCAAGUCGAGAGCCUGCUGAAAGAACUGGAGAAGCAAGGCCAAGAUUUUGAAGAAGACCUACAAGUAGUGACAGAGGAGAAAGUUGAGCAGGAGAAGAGGGCCAUACAAGCAGAGGAAGCCUUAAGAAAGACAAGACGUGACAAUGCAAAUACAGUUGAGAGGCUCCAAGAGGAAAUCAAACAUAUUUCUGCAGAGAUGUCAACAGAAAUUGAGGAAAACAAGAAAAUAGCACAGAAAGCAAUGGCAGAAGCAGAUGGUUUGCGACAAAAAAAUGAACUUCUAGAAGAACAACUUCAGAUAACUGAAGAGGAGCUUCAACUAGUUAGAGAGCAAGAUGAGAGGUUACUUCAAGAACAUUCAGAAAAAAAUGAAUGGAUUGCUGCAAGUAAUGGCAAAUCAAACAAAGAUAUAUCUGAGCAAAUGCAAAAUAGUAAUGAAAAGGACAAGGAAGAUCUGGAGAAGCAGCUGGCCUCAGUGAGGAAGGAAGCAGAAAAACUAAAGAGCGAAAAUAAUUCCAUGAAGUCACAAAUAGACCAGAAGAAGACAAAAGAAGAAAACUUGUACUUAGAAGUGAAGAAGCUUAGACUCAAAAAUAGUGAAGUUAAAAAUCAACUGCAUGCAGUUGAAAUGGAGAAAGAAGACCUGAAGAAAGAGAUGUCCAAAGCACAGCGUAGCUUAAUCAAGGCACAGGAAGAGGAAAAAGCUGCAAGACAAAAUUACACCACUUUGCUGAUGAAGGAAAAGAACGGCGUCACCGACAACUCAAAACAGGAUUCUGGGCCAAUGAAGGACAAAAAUUUUGUGGAACUCGAAGGAUUGAAAGAAAGAAACAAAAGCAUGGAACAGGAGUUGAAGGAAAUGCGUGAUAGAUAUUCUGAAAUAAGUCUCAGAUUUGCAGAGGUAGAAGGUGAACGGCAGCAACUUGUCAUGACCAUCCGUAACCUGAAAAGUGGAAAGAAAAACUAGAGACAAAGUGAUGGUUAAAGACUACUAUUGUAGAGCAUUUAGACACAGGAUUUGGAUACACAUGAAUAUUCUUGCAUAAAGCAUAUUACAUGUGCCUCCAAUUUGUUCAUUACUAAUUCAUCCUUGAAAGUCUCAAAUAAAUAAUAUAGAUUUCUUCAGUGCCAA